UUCUCUCCCUCUCUCUGACCCUCUCCCCCCUCAACAUAAAAUAAACAAACUUAGAAAAAAAGAAAGAAAUACUUAUUCCCAGUCCAGGAGUCUUCCUGUCACAACGCACACACUUAUCAGUAGCAGGAUAAUGGUGAUGACUGUGACGGGCAGGAUUUGGGGUGCCAACAGCGCACAUGCCAUAAGCCUACGUGAAUGAGGCUCUCCCCAUCCCAGAGGGACUUUACAGCAUCAGGGGCUGAGGACGGAGAGGUUUAGAGAUCUUUGCUUGUGUGCCCUAAGCUUGGCUUCUUGCCCUUUUCACUGUACCCCUUGUGGCUUCUCAUCUCCCAACCCCUGCUACUGAGAUGGGAGAGAUUAUGGGGGAACAAGGAAUUUAGUUUUGGACAUUUCACGUUUGAGAGAUCUUUAAACAUAUAACUGGAGAUGUAGAAAAGGAGUCCAGACUAGAGACGUCAAUAUGAGAGCAAGCAAUGCAAGGAUGCUAUCUAAAGCUUAGGCCACUCAUCAGAAGGGCAAGAAGGGAAUUGUGUGGUAAAGAACGGGCGUCAAAAUGAAGGUGUCUCCAAUAAUGAGAGGAAGGAAAAGUGAUGUCUCUGACAAUAAUACGAUACACUGCAUUUACUACCAUUAUUGGAAACUUACUAUGUCCCAGAAAUUCCACCAAGUAAUUUAUAUACAUUAGCUUAGCUCUCAUCACUACCCUCUGAGUUAGGGGAAAAAAAUAAGGCCAGAAAGGUUACAAAACUUGAUUAAAGUCACAAAAUAAGUAGCAGACCAGAAACUCUGAUUCAUGACUGACUGUGAACAGCUCCAAUCUCUCUACAGUAUUCCUCAUAUUGGGAUCUUAUCUUCCCUCUUCUUUCCUUUAUCCUUUGUAUGUGAUGUAUGUGAUUACAGACAGCCUGCCUAAAUAUCCUUCUGUGAAAACAUUAAUUUUAUGUCUUCAAAGUUAAGAUGACACUAAAUCACGUGAAUGUGACUUCAGAACUAAGAUGUGGCCAGUGCUUCUUUUAGUAAGUAUCUAGACCAUGUUUCUGUCCCAAGCAUACUCUACUAGAUAAGAAAUGGAAGAUAUUUGUUUUUAAUUUAUACUAUUUGUGUCGCGGCCACACUCAUAUUACAAACAUAUGUUUCAAAAUGACCAUGAGCGCCUUUUUCCAGGCGGCCGGGAAGAUGGCGGACAUUCAGACUGAGCAUGCCUACCAAAAGCAGCCAACCAUCUUUCAAAAUAAGAAGAGGAUUCUGCUUGGAGAAACUGGCAAGGAGAAACUCCCGCGAUACUACAAAAACAGCGGUUUGCGCUUCAAGAUGCCCAAGGAGGCCACUGAGGGCACCUAUAUUGACAAGAAAUGCCCCUUUACUGGUAACGCCUCCAUCCGAGGGCAGAUUCUGUCUGGUGUGGUGACCAAGAUGAAGAUGGAAAGGACCACUGUCAUCCGCCGAGACUACCUCCAUUAUAUCCGAACCUCCAUUAUAUACAACCGCUUUGAGAAACGCCACAAGAACAUGUCUGUGCACCUGUCCCCCUGCUUCAGGGAUGUCCAGAUCGGCGACAUUGUCACAGCGGGCUGAGUGCCGGCCCUUGAGCAAGACUGUGCACUUCAACGCGCUCAAAGUCACAAAGGCCGCUAGCACCAAAAA